UUUAUUUUUAUAUGUAAAACAAGAUUUUUUUUUUUUCGUAUUAUUUUGUGUUAUCAGAUGCAAAUUAAAUGCAUGUUCUUUUUUUUUUUUUUUUUUGAGGUUAUAUACAGAUCAGGCCCACUAUAUCAACCCAGUUUAUACACAAGGUACCUUAUGAUUAGCCCAACUCAUACACAAGGCAGAUUGUUGCCUUGGAAUUUAGAACCCAUAAUCCUACAGAUUAAAUUUCUCUAAUCCACAGUAAUAGUGAUAGUAUUAUCGACCGGAGGGACAGCCAAACUCCAAUCCAAAGGAAGAGGCAGAACCGAAGCUUCAGUCACGAUGAAUCUCAGUUGUGUACUACCUUUGUCUAAACUGCCCAAUUAUCUUGUCCCUAUAACUUUUCCGGGUUCUUUUUCUUUCUUGGACAAUUACCAAGCAAACCCAAGAAAAUCAAGCGGAGAUUUCUGGAGUUUUAAAGAUGGAAAAGUUGUCAAGAGGAAAGUAGGAAUUGUACGUGGGUGGUUGUUGCCAGUGGAUCCAUGGGCACCAAACAUUGACUCAGAAAACAUUGCUUCACAACUUUUUGCAGUUUCUUUGUUUCCAUACAUUGGGUUCUUGUACUUCAUCACCAAGUCUAAGUCUGCUCCCAAGCUCACCCUUUUUGGCUUCUACUUCUUGCUUGCCUUUGUCGGGGCUACCGUAGAGUUGGGCUGCAAAAGUUCACAAUUCUGCCCAAACAGAAAAGAAAUGAAAGCAGGAAAAGUCCCAGCUGGAAUAUAUGCAAAGGUGAAAUUUGGUACUUCCUUGUCUAAUGUGGAUUGGUUACAUGGAGGGGCUGAGUCACUUCUUACUUUAACCAAUUUAUUCAUUGUCUUGGGGUUGAGACAAGCUCUUAGGAAAGCUGAUGAUGCAAAAGAACGCACAUCAAGCUCUGUUCCAAACGUGAAAAAGCAGAAGAAGCCUUACGUGUAGAUGGAGUAAGUAACAUUCAAUUUAAAAUUAUAUCCUUGCCAUUUCAUUGUUCUAGUACUACGAGCUAUUCUUAAUUCUGUUGAAUGGUGCUUCUUUUCUCGCAGUUUUCUUGUUUCAGAAGGACUUCUAAUGCCUAAUAUUUUCUGCAGUGGGACAUAGUUACUAUUGUUCUCCUGUGAAUCCCUCAGCACAUAUGCAACAGACAAUUCUUCUUUGGUGCUGACUAGAGCUUUGUUAUUGGUUCAUUUUCAAAUCUCUUCUAACAUAUUGCAACUUUCCAAUCUAGAAUUAUUGAUGAUGCCAGGUUUCUCCAUGUCAUCAUUAUAUCUCUUAUAGGCACCACUACUGGGUUUUAUUUGUGCAUGUAUUCCAUUCACUUGAGCGUCAAGACAAGCAAUCAAUGUUGUGUCUACUAGAGGGAUCAU